CCACGAUCACUGGGUGUGAAAUCAUAGCUGCUCGUGACUUGAUCAAUAUUGGUGACUCCUCGCGAGCUGACUCUCACGUGGCCUAUUUAAGCUUUGUUGAACUUCAAGACCUUCAUGGCGCGCUCAGCCGACAAAUCUCAGCCUCUCUACGACGAUAGCGAUCCGGAUACUGAGCCAGAGACUUUCAAGCCCCAGCGUAAUGGAACGCGCAAACGACUCAGCGAGGCUUAUAAUCCAGACAACGAUGCUAGCUUCGCUUCGGAUUCAGGAGUCAGAGCCCAAAAAUCGUCUGUCGACAUUAAUGACGAUGCUGCUGAAAAGCGUAGACGUAGAAAGAGCACCAAGAUUGCUGUCCCAGAAAAUGCUCAUGCCGGCCCUUCUUCAGAAGGUAACGAUGAGGUGGACAAAUCGAGAACAAUCAAACAGAAGCAACAGCUUACAACUGUCGCUCCAUUGGCGCCUCCAGAGAAGGAGUCAAUCGACAUCCUGAGCUCGAAAUUUGAAGAAUGGAUGAAGUUAACAACUGAUAAUAAAAUCACGGCUGCCAAUACUUGGGAAUUUGCCCUCAUCGACUACUUUCACGAGAUGUCUCUAUUGCGAAACACGGACGACAAUACCAUUAAUUUCCAGCGUGCCUCUUGUACCCUCGAUGGUUGUGUCAAAAUCUGGACUAGCCGUGUCGACAGCGUUGGGACUGAGACCGCUAAACUUGCCUCGAAUUUAGCAUCAGGAGGUACCAUGGACGAAGACGAAGAAGCUGGCUCUGAUGAUCCCGACAGGGAACAGACGAAACAGAAAAAGAAGAGAGCUUCUCGCCGAGAGAAUAAUUUGUCUGAUGCGUCUCAACUCAGGAAUAAAAAACCGGAUUUGGAGUUCAGCGUAGAUCCUCUUUUCCGCAAAACCUGUGCCGAUUUUGAUGAGGGAGGUGCUCAAGGCCUUCUCAUGAAUCAUUUAAGCUUGGGAGUUGGUCAGGAUGGGAGUCUGCGAGUCGUGUUCGACGCGAGUGAUUCUAUCAGCAAGGAAGACGAGGACGACUUGCACGAGCCUGAAGAUUUGAUUGACUUGACUCAACUACGCGCCGAGUUUAUUCCCGACCUUGACGGUCUACAAAGCAAGGCGAUAUCACAAGAAUUAUCUGAUUUCUCGUUUACACAAAAUCCUUUGAUGAACGAUGAUACCACCUUCUUCCAAGAUGACACCAUAGCAGAUGGUUUCGAUGACGACGAUGACGAUGGCUUUGAAGCUAUGAUGGUUGAUGGCGCCCCUCCUGUUGAAGACUUCUUCGUUGGUGACGAUGCAGUUGGUGAUGAUUACGGGGCCGGUAUGAUGGAUGGAGAGGAUUUGGGGGAUGCCAACUCCAAUGGAUCUGUUGGCCCUAUGGGUAACGGGCAAGGUGGCACAGAACAGUUCGUUCCCUUCGAUCCCCGUCAUGCCCCGAACCAGAGAGAUCUUAUGCUUGCAAUGAACACUGAGGAUGGCGGAGGAAUGAUGGACUAUUUCGACAAUACCUUCCUACAGAAUUGGGCGGGACCCGAACACUGGAAAAUGAGAAAACCAAUCCGGAGACCUGAUGCUGAUACUGCCCCAAAAGUUGCCAAGCCGCGCAAAGAGAAGAAGGAACCCAACAGGAUAGAUUUUCUUACCCCAUCAGAUCCUGGAAAAUCCUGGAAAAUCAUCGCUGAUGAACUGUUUGCUCCACCAAGUAAAGGAGCCUCAAUUAAUUUGCCUGGAACCAGUGCUGCCGCAAAGAAACGAAAGGCGAAGGACGAGAAGAAGCGGGACAAUCAUUGUCUUCCUGAUGAUAUGCAUUUCUCCAGUCGUCAGCUCGUUACGCUGUUCUUGAAGCCCAAGUUUUCGCUUAAGAUGCGCGGACAACGAGCACCGGCUCCCACGAAUGCGGAAGGUGAAGUAGACGAGAAUUUCUGGGCCCAAGCCGCAGCUGACCAAGCUGCUGGACGAAGUGGAGGAAAUGAUAUGGAUGAUACUGCCGCAGGAGAUGCCAUCCCAUUUAACACACAAUUCUUCCAUGACGAUUAUGAUGACGGACCUGGGUUCGAUGAUGCUUACGAUGGUGAUGGUGGCGAUGGUGGUGCAAUUGAUCCAGGCGAACAGGAUCUUCUUGCCGCCACGCAGGGUCAAACCCGGAGGGUUAAACCCGAAGCAGUGAGGUUUACCAAGCGCGCGAAACGAGUCGACGUAAGAAAAUUGAAGGAGAACAUCUGGAAAGGUUUGGAUAUUGCCGUACCUCCCCCCAAGAACGCAGAUGACGAGAGAAUGGACAUAGACGAGGACGAACCUCUGCUCACGAGCCCUACUGAGGCUAGGCAGUUCACUUCGGUCAUUUCUAACCUCCAGAGGUCAUAUCCUAGAGACAAAAUGGAGGAGAUCAGUACCAGCUUUUGUUUCAUAUGUCUUCUUCAUCUAGCCAACGAACAAGGCUUGAAACUCGAGAACAGCGCAACCUCGUCAUCAAAUUCUGAUGGGUCUACCGACACAAAGAUUGGCAACAUAUGGGACCUUAAGGUCUAUCGUGAUCCAGAGGCCGCUCAGACGGUAUGAUUUCACGGUCCGUUACUAUAGAGCUACACAUAUCUUCUCUCAAUCACUCCUCGUCACUCUAUCCUUUUCAUCUAUUGGUUUUAUCUUAAAUUUGGUACGUAUAUAUAAGCUGCUUCUCGUACCCUUAUUCUAAAUAACACACUACAUACUGGUAACGAUGUAUAUAACUUAUGUUGGAUGAAUAUGUUGUAUCUUUACCUGCAAAGUUCACUGAACAUUGUUUAUUCCUCUUCGAAUUUAUUGUAGUUCUGUCCUUAUAUACGUUUGUCUUCGCUCAAAAUGGGCAUACAUAUAUGACAAUGUGAUAUGUACGAUUAGCACUGCACUGCAC